AUGGCUGCACCGGCAAAGACGCCAGUCACUGUUUUCAUGGGCGCUGGCAGUGGAAAUGUAUCAGGCCUAGAUGAACUGGUCUUCAUUCACACCGUCAUGCGUGGCGCUCGGUCUGUCAGCAUCCCAUUCUGCCAAACUGUCUACUUUGGUCAUGUUCUGGGGAGGGAUGGCAAGGAAUUCGCAGCACUGGCCGUCACCACUGGCGUCGGCUACGUGAGCACAACGUCCUGCACGGUGCAGCUCAUGCGCCACUCGCCAUAUGCGCCCACGUCCAUCGUGUUUAUCGGCACCUCGGGAUUCUCACCAUACAAGGGUGGUUUCGAUCCACUCGACAAGGAGUCUGGAUGCCGCUCGGUUGGUGCGUCAAUCACGAAGAAUGCCAUUGGAAGUGUGUGUGUGACUUCUGGAGCUUUUCUUAUGGAGUCAGGCAGCUGCAUAGAAAGACUGGAAGACAAUCAGUGUUCGCGACCCAACUGCUCUGUGUUUAGUAAAGCCAUUGCUCUUAAUUAUAUUAUUGCAGAUGCAUCCUUGGCUGAAGCGAUUCGCGCUGCCAACACGGGCGUGGAAUUCCCUCCAAUGCCCAAAGAUGUUACGAAGGGCAUGCAAAACUGGUGGGCUGCCAAUGAGGCGGCUGAGGAAACAAAUGCACCAAAUGAGCCACAUCUUGUGCACUGUGCGGAAGCGACUGUUAACGCCAUUAAUGUCGGCGCAGAACGCGACUACCUCUGUCGUGAAUACACGAGUCAGUUCAUGAAGUUGCCUAUGAGUGAGGCAGUCUGUGUACAGUCAAUGGAAGCCAUGGGUUUCCUAACAGCAAUGUUGAAUUUUCCGCAUGUUUCAGUGGCCAUUGUGCGAACAGCAUCAAAUUAUGACAUGUAUCCUCUAAAGCGCGUUGUGGACGGAAGGUGGGAACAGAAAGUUAACUACGUGCCGGAGGAUGAGUACGCCGCGUUUGUCAACGCCUCGUUUCACUACUCCGUCAAGACGGCCACUUUUGUUGUUGCCAACUAUUUCCUCAGUGAGACGGUUGGCCUUCAUCUUUAA